AUGUCUACUCGGGGAUUACACAACCCUCGAGUUCUCAAGAGCGCUGCGCCAAAACUUGAUCUUCAGCAAGACCUAAAACCAUCAUCCUUGGUAGAAAAGGAAGAAUCGUCAACUGCCGUCGAACAUGUCUUAACAACAUUAGACUCCCUAGUAAAUUGGGCUCGCCAGGGCUCUCUAUGGCCUCUUACAUUCGGUCUUGCCUGCUGUGGUGUCGAAAUGAUGCACGUAUCGAUGCCUCGCUACGACCAAGACCGACUUGGCAUCAUAUUCCGCGCCUCUCCUCGCCAAGCCGAUGUAAUGAUUGUGGCGGGCACUGUUACGAACAAGAUGGCGCCGGCGGUAAGGCAGUGCUAUGAUCAAAUGCCUGAUCCUAAAUGGGUUAUCAGUAUGGGCAGCUGCGCGAACGGAGGAGGAUACUAUCACUACAGCUAUUCUGUUGUACGAGGCGUGGACCGCAUCAUCCCCGUUGAUGUCUGCAAGCAAAAAUGCGCCGCACCAAGAUUACGAGAUUGUGGUAUCGGCGAUAGAGGGCGCGAUUCGGCACCUGGAAGUAGAUUACGCGGCGCUGUGAGACUGGUGAUGGCGGGAGAGACGACCAGUGUCUUUAACGUUGGUGGUCGGCCCAGCAUCAUCAGCACUUGCCCAAAAUUGAAACGGGCCUUGGGUACCUCGAUUUGUCCGAUGCCGCAGAGCGAAACACGGAGAAACCCGAGGGCCGUCCUUGCGGGCUUUUGGGCCUUGACCUUCAAUCACCGUCAGCAUCAGGUCCUGCGUGGCGUCAGAUCCACUGUCAUGUCGUCGUCCACUGUCAUGUCCAGCCCCCUCCGCUCUUCCUCCAUGCAUGUGUCAUGUCCGCGCUUCGACGACUUUCUCCCCGCCAGGCGGCUCCGCAAAGCGCUGACAUCGAAAGGAUGCAGCUUUGGCUUGGACAUCCCGAGCAACCAUUUUGCCGCUGUUCUUGCCCCCUUUGCCUGCCUCACAAGCGCCAAUUCCAGAUACCACAGCUUCGCUUUGCUUCAUGUCAUGGUACUCGACAGCCAAUCUCUUGAGGGCCCCCCGUCACUGCAGCACAUGACGCAAAACGGCUACAUUGUCGCUCCCGCCGCAGCCUCGGCAGUGCCCCGCGCACUCCCCGAGAUUUGCUACACGUUGCGGCGGAAAGUGAUAGCGUUCCUGGAACAGCAGCCCGCCGAUAACGAUGUCGCACUGAAGAACACGCAGAAGCAGGCGAGGGCUUCAAUCAAGAUUGUCGAAGAGGCCUUGCGCCGGUAUCAGCCCGACGAACUGUCUCUCUCAUACAAUGGAGGCAAAGACUGUCUCGUCUUGCUCGUCCUCAUCCUGGCCUGCCUGCCGGCCCUGUACGAUCCCUCAAUCACAACCAACGGCGACGGCCCCGUUUCCAAGAACCCGCCGCCGACCAUCCAAGCUGUCUACAUUGCGCCGCCCGAUCCCUUCCCCGAAGUCGAGGAAUUUGUUUCAAGUACCACAAAGGAAUACCAUCUGGAUUUGACUCGCUAUGCGCUGCCAAUGCGGCAAGCCUUGGAGGCGUACCAAGCCGACAAGCCCGCCGUCAAGGCGAUUUUCAUGGGCACACGGCGCACCGAUCCAUUCUGCGAGUUUCUCACUGGAUUCAGCCCCACGGAUAAGGGCUGGCCGCAGUUUAUGAGAGUGAACCCUGUUUUGGACUGGCACUACACAGAUAUUUGGACCUUUAUCCUCCGCCUUGAUAUUCCCUUCUGCAGCCUCUAUCAACAGGGCUACUCAUCCCUUGGCGGCGUCAAAAACACCCGCCCGAACCCCGCUCUUGCCGUUGGCUCCGAAGGGACUAAGUUUCGACCAGCGUAUGAACUUGUCCGCGAUGACGAAGAGCGCUUAGGCCGCGACAAGUAG